AUGGAUUGGACGAGAGGGCAUAUAAUAGGCCACGGCUCCACUGCUGCCGUCUCGGCCGCCAAAUCACGAUUCUCAGGUGAAGUUUUUGCUGUUAAGUCAGUGGAGCUAUCCAAGUCACAGUUAUUGCAAAAGGAGCAGAAAACUUUGUCCGAAUUGAGCUCCCCUUAUAUAGUUAGCUACAAGGGGUAUGAUGUUACAAAAGAGAAGGACAAACUCAUGUUUAAUCUUAUGAUGGAGUAUAUGCCGGACGGUACACUUAUCGAUGAAAAUCGGAAACAGGGUGGUCGGAUUAACGAGCCGUUGAUUGGGUAUUAUACGAAGCAAAUUGUUCAAGGACUAGAGUACGUACAUUCAAGGGGCAUAGCACACUGUGACAUAAAGGGGCAAAACAUUUUGUUGGGUAAAACGGGUGCCAAAAUUGCCGAUUUUGGUUGUGCCAUGUGGAUUGAUCCGGCAGACAGGGGCGGUGAUGCUAAAUCAAUGGGAGGAACGCCGAUGUUCAUGGCACCGGAGGUGGCGCGUGGGGAAAAACAUGGGUGUUCAGCUGAUAUUUGGGGAUUGGGAUGUACAAUUAUUGAAAUGGCCACUGGUGGAUCGCCAUGGACUAAUGUGACAAACGCAGCUUCAUUACUUUACAAAAUUGCAUUUUCUGGGCAAUCCCCUGAAAUUCCUAAAUUCCUCUCUUUACAAGCAAGGGAUUUCUUAAGCAAAUGCUUGAUAAGAGAUGCAAAAGAAAGAUGGACAGCUAAACAACUCCUCAAACAUCCAUUUCUUGAGUCGAAUUCUACGGCAAUUCAAGAUUUUGUUACAAGCUCGCCAACAAGCAUUCUUGAUCAAGACAUAUGGAAUUCAGUAGAUGAAUCAGAAACAACGAUAUUACAAACAGUUAGCUCUGCUGUGCAAAGGGUAAGAGAAUUGGGUUCGAAUUCAAGAGAAUUGAAUUGGAGAUGGAAUGAUGAUCACAGAUGGAUAACAGUUAGAAGGAGCAAUGAAUAA